GCCGCUGCUGCCAUAGAGGCUGCGGCGGCUGCCGGGGGUGGGAGGAGCCGCUCGGUUCCGGCUGCCGAGGCGAGGAGACGUUUGGGUCGGCGCUGCGGGCGGGGAGACCUGGUAGCUAGGCGAGCGGUGCUGCUCUCGGAGAUACCCGGGCGGCAGAGAACCUUGUGGCGGCUGGUGGGCCCGCCUCGCCCGCUCGGCCCCCGGCGUUGAGGCUUACAGGGAAAUGCCGACCCAGAGGGACAGCAGCACUAUGUCCCAUCCGGUCUCAGGCGGCGGCGGCGGUAGCGGGGAUCAUUCUCACCAGGUCCGGGUGAAAGCCUACUAUCGCGGGGAUAUCAUGAUAACACAUUUUGAACCUUCAAUCUCCUUUGAGGGUCUUUGUAAUGAGGUUCGAGAUAUGUGUUCUUUUGACAACGAACAGCUUUUCACCAUGAAAUGGAUAGAUGAGGAAGGAGACCCAUGUACUGUGUCAUCUCAGUUGGAGUUAGAAGAAGCCUUCAGGCUUUAUGAACUGAACAAGGAUUCUGAACUCUUAAUUCAUGUAUUCCCUUGUGUACCAGAACGACCUGGAAUGCCUUGUCCAGGAGAAGAUAAAUCCAUCUAUCGCCGAGGUGCGCGGCGCUGGAGAAAACUUUAUUGUGCAAAUGGCCACACUUUUCAAGCCAAGCGUUUCAACAGGCGAGCUCACUGUGCCAUCUGCACAGACCGAAUCUGGGGACUUGGACGCCAAGGAUAUAAGUGCAUCAACUGCAAGCUGCUAGUUCAUAAGAAGUGCCACAAACUCGUCACAAUUGAGUGUGGGCGACAUUCUUUGCCACUGGAACCAAUGAUGCCCAUGGACCAGUCUUCCAUGCAUUCAGACCACCCACAGACAGUGAUUCCAUAUAAUCCUCGAAGUCAUGAUAGUUUGGAUCAAGUUGGUGAAGAAAAGGAGGCCAUGAACACCAGAGAAAGUGGCAAAGCUUCAUCUAGUUUAGGACUUCAGGAUUUUGAUUUGCUCCGGGUAAUAGGAAGAGGAAGUUAUGCCAAAGUUCUACUGGUUCGAUUAAAAAAAACAGAUCGUAUUUAUGCAAUGAAAGUUGUGAAAAAAGAGCUUGUCAAUGAUGAUGAGGAUAUUGAUUGGGUACAAACAGAGAAGCAUGUUUUUGAGCAGGCAUCCAAUCAUCCUUUUCUUGUUGGCCUGCAUUCUUGCUUUCAGACAGAAAGCAGGUUGUUCUUUGUUAUAGAAUAUGUUAAUGGAGGAGAUCUAAUGUUUCAUAUGCAGAGACAGAGAAAACUUCCCGAAGAACAUGCCAGAUUUUAUUCUGCAGAAAUCAGCCUAGCAUUAAAUUAUCUUCAUGAGCGAGGAAUUAUUUAUAGAGAUUUGAAAUUGGACAAUGUAUUAUUGGAUUCUGAAGGACACAUUAAACUCACUGACUAUGGCAUGUGUAAGGAAGGAUUACGGCCAGGAGAUACAACUAGCACUUUCUGUGGCACUCCUAAUUACAUUGCUCCUGAAAUUUUAAGAGGAGAAGAUUAUGGUUUCAGUGUCGACUGGUGGGCUCUUGGAGUGCUAAUGUUUGAGAUGAUGGCAGGAAGGUCUCCAUUUGAUAUUGUUGGGAGCUCUGAUAACCCUGAUCAAAACACAGAGGAUUAUCUCUUCCAAGUGAUUUUAGAAAAACAAAUUCGCAUACCACGUUCUCUCUCUGUAAAAGCUGCAAGUGUCCUGAAGAGUUUUCUCAACAAGGAUCCCAAAGAACGAUUGGGUUGUCAUCCUCAAACAGGAUUUGCUGAUAUUCAGGGACAUCCAUUCUUCCGAAAUGUUGAUUGGGAUAUGAUGGAACAAAAGCAGGUGGUACCUCCCUUUAAACCAAAUAUUUCUGGGGAAUUUGGUUUGGACAACUUCGAUUCUCAGUUUACCAAUGAACCUGUCCAGCUCACUCCAGAUGAUGAUGACAUUGUGAGGAAGAUUGACCAGUCUGAAUUUGAAGGUUUUGAGUAUAUCAAUCCUCUUUUGAUGUCUGCAGAAGAAUGUGUCUGAUCCUCAUUUGCCAACUGUGCAUUUUGCUUGUGUUGCCAUUUAAUGCAUGGAUAAACAUGUUACCUGCCUGGUUACAAUGAUAGAGGUUUUAAACUAACUAGUUUUCAUUUGCCAUGUAUGAAAAAUCACUCAAUAGCUUCUAUUAGUGCCUAUAAGAGUCAAUUAUUACAUCUAAGUUCAACUAUAAGAAAGAGAGAGAGAGAGAGAGAGACUACUUUCCAGACAAUCAGUUAUAUCACAAUUUAGUUGUACUGGUUCUUCAGUGGCCUACUUAAGAGUGAGGAAGUUGUCUGUUUUAUUUA